GCGAGGCGCGCGCCAACGGCGGGCCCGGGGGGCGCGCGCGCGCGCGCGGGGGUUCCCGCGGGGGGCGCGCGCGGGGGGGUUCCCGCCAGGUGCGCGGGUGGGCGGGGCCGCCGGUGAGGCAGGUGAGCCCCGGGAGCCGCCAUGGCCGACCCCGCCCUGCCCAUCCGCCGCUCCCGCCGCGAGCUCGUGGAGGCCGUGCGGGAGCGGCCCUUCCUCAUCGUCACCGGCGAGACGGGCAGCGGCAAAAGCACGCAGCUGCCCAAGUACCUCUACGAGGCAGGCCUGGCCAAGCACGGUGCCAUCGGUGUGACCCAGCCCCGGCGCGUGGCCACCGUGUCGGUGGCACAGAGGGUGGCCGAGGAGAUGGGCUGUGACCUGGGGGCUCUCGUGGGCUACCAGGUCCGCUUCGACGACUGCACCUCCGAGGACACUGCCAUCAGGUACAUGACUGAUGGGUGCCUUCUGAGGCAGAUCCUGACAGACCCCCUCCUCAGCAAGUACAGCGUCAUCAUUUUGGAUGAAGCCCACGAGCGGAGCCUCAGCACCGAUAUUUUAUUUGGUUUGCUGAAGAAGCUGUUCCUGCAGAAGAAGCCAGCAGGCAGGAGGACAGACAUGAAGGUGGUGGUGAUGUCAGCCACCCUGGAGGUGGAAAAGCUCUCGGAAUUCUUUGGGCACUGCCCAGUGCUGCACAUUCCAGGAAGAAGUUACCCUGUCAAGGAGAUAUUCUGCAACCUGCUGAGCCCCAGGGAUGUGGGCAGCUCUGCCUAUGUCACAGAGGCUGUGAAGGUCGCCUUGGAUGUUCACUUGAAUGAACCAGAAGGUGACAUCCUGGUUUUCCUCACAGGCCAAAAUGAGAUAGAAAGAGCUUGUGAUUUGCUUUUCAAGAAAGCAGAAUCCAUCGAUUACCGGUACGAGGUCCACGACCGGGCUGUGGAGGGUCUCCUCAUCCUGCCUUUGUAUGGCUCCAUGUCCACAGAUCAACAGAAAAAGAUAUUUUUGCCAGCUCCCAGAGGCAUCAGGAAAUGUGUGGUCUCCACAAACAUUGCUGCAACAUCUCUGACCAUUGAAGGAGUCAGAUAUGUGGUAGACAGUGGCUUUGUGAAGCAGUUGAAUCAUAAUCCCCGAGUUGGUUUGGACAUCCUGGAGGUGGUUCCCAUCUCAAAGAGCGAAGCCAAGCAGCGAGCUGGCCGGGCUGGCCGGACGUCGGCGGGGAAAAGCUUUGGAUUGUUCAGCAGGGAGUUCUGGGAGCAGUGCAUGCCCGAACACACCGUGCCAGAGAUCAGGAGGAGCAGCCUGACAUCUGUCAUCCUCACCUUGAAAUGCCUUUCCGUGCAUGAUGUCAUCAGAUUUCCCUAUUUGGACCCCCCUGAAGAAAGACAUAUUUUGGAAGCUCUGAAGGAACUUUACCAGUGCAAUGCUAUUGACAGGAGAGGCCAUGUGACAAGACUGGGAGAAUUCCUGGUGCAGUUUCCCCUCCCUCCCAACCUGUCCUGUGCUGUGAUAAAAGCUGCUUCCCUGGACUGUGAGGAUCUCCUGCUUCCCAUUGCAGCCAUGCUGUCUGUGGAAAAUGUCUUCAUCCGUCCAGGUGAUCCUCAGAAGCAAAAGGAGGCUGAGCUACAACACCAGGAACUUGCCUCACAAGUGGGAGGAUGCAAUGACUUUGCAACCCUCUUAAAUAUUUUUGAACAGUGCAAAGCAAGCAAGUCUCCCUCAGCCUGGUGCCAGAAAUACUGGAUCCAUUGGAGAGCUGUGAAAUCUGCUUUUAGUGUGGAAAGACAGCUGCGGGAAAUAACCACUAAACUGAAACAGCUGCCAGAUUUCCCUAAAGAGACAUUUGAAGGCUCCAAAACUGAAAUACUGAGAAGAUGCCUGUGUGCAGGAUACUUCAUCAAUGUUGCUAGGAGAUCUGCAGCCAGGACAUUCUGCACCAUGGAUGGACAUGGCAGCAUAGUCUACAUCCACCCUUCAUCCACACUGUACAACCAGGAGACCCUGCUGGAGUGGAUCAUCUUCCACGACGUGGCCGUCACCUCCAAGAUCUACGUGCGCACCGUGUGCCCCGUGCGCUACGAGUGGGUCAGGGACCUGCUGCCCAGGCUGCACCAGCUGGACGCCUACGAGCUGAGCAGUGUGGCCAGGGAAGAGGUGACUGAGGAGGAAAUGACCAAGUGGAAGCAGAGGGAGGAGCUGAGAAGGCAGUGUGAAAGAGUCCCAGACAGCUCUGCAAGGAAGAUGGAGAGGAGGAAUGAUGACCAAUCCAUCCAGGACGCCCGAGCUCGGUACCUGGAGAGGAAGCAGCAGAGAGCUCAGGCUUUGAGCAGCCCAGAGAAGGAAACGGGGUAACUCUGGGGGCAGCUCUGCUCCCACUGCCAGCUCUGGGGGCACUUUGUGCAGCUCUGGGGGGGUUUGCAGAGGGACUGACAGGAGUGCAGGGAAACUUCUGCUUUGUGGUCAGCCCGAGUGCAGAGAGCACAAACACAACCUUCCCUCUGCUGCAUCCUGCAGGGAAAGCUUCCCAAGCUGAGCUGUGUUGCUGCAGGUCAGUGGCAGCAGUUUAGUGGCCUCAGCUGUGGCUGAAGCCCUGAUGCCAAGUGUGGUGCCAAUUCUCUGGCAUUUAUUUGACUUAAAGAGGUCUCAGUGCCGUUAUAAAUCGUAUUUUUCUUAAAGGUCAGUCAGGGUUUAUUUUUGUAAGGAGUGGAACUGUAAGGUUUUUUUACCCAUUUUAUUUUGUCUGGUGGUGGUCAUGCAGUCUUCAUGCUCAGGAAAAUGUGCAGGAAGGGCUCUUUUAAUGGUGGAAGCAGCAGGAUUAAAUCCAAAGGGACAUUUCCCACCUGCAUUCUGCGUUGUUCCUGCCCUGUGCUGUGCUGUACCAGGUACAAAACACAAGGAAAUAAGCGUUUUUCCUUGAGCAUCUGAAAGAGCAAGGAGCUGUGGUGCUUUGUCAUCAUAAAGAUUGUUCCCUUCUCAAUAAAGAAGUCCUGUUUUAUCACCAUAAUAAUCCUAAAACGCUCCAGGGCUCGAGUGAGGAGUUUGUGUCAGAAUUUCCAAAUUGGAAGAACUUGCUGUGAUUUUUCCUGCCUCAGCUGUGUGCUCUGUGUCACCCUGGGCACUGGUUCAAGUGGUGGUGUAGCCUGAAUAAAACAUUCACCAUUCCACCUCUGCCUCACCUCAAAUAUUUCAGCACUGCCCAGGAUCCCAAAGCCUCCAAAACCUAAGGAUUUUUUUGAAUAUUACAAUAUUAUUGCUCAUAAAGAAAGUGCUGGGUCUGGUAAUUAAUUGUUCCUCUACCUGUGAUUGAUGGGAAAGGGUUUUGUUCUUUCAGGCUCUGCUUUGGAGCAGCAGCACUUGGGCCUGACUCAUCCUCUGCUCUGAAUUUUGCUGUUUAAUUGGGUUUAUAUUUGCACUGUCACAGCCCCUCAUGAGUCAAAUGCCAUCUGCACCACCCAGUGGGCCUGAAAUGAGUACACAGAAUGCCCACUGUUCCUUGGGGCUAUAAAUCACCUGGCAGAUGCUAAUGCUUGCUGAUUUUUUAUAUAUAUAUAUAUAUAUUUAAUUUUUUUUUUCACUUUCUUCAUAGCAAGAAGUGAGGGAUUUUCUCUCCCUGCCACUGUGUUCCAGGGCUUCUCAGAGAUUUAGAGAUGGGCAAUUUAAGACAAAAAUUAUCUGGGGAAGUAACUGUGAGCUGCAAAAUAAGAAUUCAGCCAUGCCAAGUGUGAAAGCACACACACAGCUCUGGGCAAAGCACCUGGAGUGCUGAAUUCAUCCCAGAAAAAGAGUUAAGUUUUUAAAGUUUUUACCUGUUUUACGUGCUGGAGUUAAAAGUGUGAGUUAAUAAAACACAGAGGGAAGUGUGGAGCUUCGUUAUUUUACUGUACUCAUUAACAGGGGGCCUGGGAAGAGUCCGGGGGAGCAUCCCGGGGGGUGAGGGACAGGGACAGCAGUGACAGGGACAGCAGGGGAGGGGAAUCCAUCGGAUCCUGGGGACAGGGACAGCAGUGACAGGGACAGCAGGG